AUGACGUGCAGGCGCGAGUGGUGCGCGCGCGGCGUGGGCGUGGGCGCGGCGCUGGCGCUGGCGUGGUGGUGGCAGGCGCAGACACUGCAGGUGGUGGGCGUGUUGGCGCUGGCGCGCGCGCUGGCGUGGGCGAGCGCGCUGUGGCUGGCGCCCGCGCUGCCCGCCCGCCGCCUGCGGGGCGCGGCGCUGGCGCGGAGGGCGGUGCUGGUGACGGGCUGCGACUCGGGCUUCGGCCACGCCGCCGCGCGCCGCCUGCACGCCCUGGGCGCGCGCGUGUUCGCGUGCGUGCUGCUGCCGCACGGCGCCGGCGCCGACAGCCUGCGCGCGCUCGCCUCCCCGCGCAUGCGUGUGCUGCCGCUUGACGUGACGGACGCCGACUCCGUCGCCGCCGCCGCGCGCGCCGUGCAACAGGACCUGCAGGACACCGGAUGCGAGCUUCAAGCAAUAGUCAACAACGCCGGAAUUCUAAAUAUCGGCGAAAUUAACUGGCUGGACAUUGAAGAAUUGAGACAAACAAUUGAUGUUAAUGCAAUUGGCCAAAUGAGGGUGACGCAAGCCUUUUUGCCCUUACUCAGAAAAUCUAAAGGGCGAAUUGUCAAUAUGAAUAGCAUAGCAGGGAGAUUCCCGUGUAACGGCCUCACCCCCUACGUCGUGUCAAAAUACGCAUCUACAGCGUUCACGGAAUGUCUGCAAGUGGACAUGAUGAAGUUUUCUGUUUCAGUUCACAGUAUUGAACCUGCGAUUUACAUGACUCCUAUGGCUGAAGGAUCAAAAUCUUUAAUCAAAAGGAAGAUUGAGGCAAUUCCAGAAGAAACAUUGAAUGAUAGUGGUCGUAGAUAUAAAGACCAGUUUAUGAAAUUGGCUGACCUUCUUCUCGUUACUGCCAAACCACAAUCAAAAAUUUAUGAAGUGAUAGAUGCAAUAGAAGAUGCUUGUCUUUCCGAGGACCCACAGAAUUUCUACUAUCCCGGAGGACCAACUAAACUGAUAUUAACUCUGAAAGACGAAAUUACAAAUUUGCAGGGAUUCGUCCUAAACCUAGUAUACAAGUUUUGGUAAAUUGGGUGUUUAUUUUCAAUGAAUUUGAUGCUCUUAAUCAUAAUCAACAAAUCACAUGUACACGGUUUAAAUUUAUACGUUGUGAUGAUAAUAAAAUGGAACAUGUACAGGUUUAACUGAAGUUAAGUAGCUUAAAAAAAUGACAUUAAUAUUUAGGGAUCUCAAUGUUGAGAACCUCAAUAUUGUGAUAACAAAAGUCUGGCUUAGAUGACAAGAGUUUCAAUUUGAGUAAUAUUUGACGUGUUCGAGUGCAUUGUUUGUGUUUACAAUUGCAUUUGGGAAGAAUGAAGAAACGCCAAAUUGUGGGGACAAAAUUAUUAAUUUGAUAGCGAACAACAGAAAAAACGUUUCUUCAAGGUGUGUAUCAAUUGGAAGUGGAAAGUCACGGUAUUCACAUCUGAGCGAAGUACCAAAAAAGCAUUUAAGAUCAUGCAAAAUUCUGAUUACCAUAUCCAGAGAAGUUUGUUUAUUGAGUUCAGGAGUGUUAUUGAUCUUAUUUACAAGGUUGUAUCCAAAAUAAAUCUAAUUGUAAAUGAAGAAAGUCAAGUCUGGUUUGCUGCUUAGAGUUCUUAGGAAAAUUUUAGAUUUUCCUACCUCUUAGACUCCGUCUUUUUCUAUUUGUAUUGAAGAAUGAAACGCAAUUAUUAAACCAGUACAUAAAUCAUGUAGGUUAUGGAAAGUUAGUCAUUUUCUUCUGAUAGAUGCUUCCAAUCGCUAUUUUAUGUGUUAAGAGGCCACUAAUUGAGUUUUUCUUAGUAAAGUCAAUUUGAUAAUUAAAAUAAAACGUAAUAUACAAGUUUUUUGAUUAAAUUUUUAAAUUUUUUACGAAGAUGAAUUACUUGUGAAUUUUGUUAAU